AUGUCUUCCCCAUCGUCUUAUGAAGAUGAUGCCAUAGAUGAUCAAAUAGACGACACUUUUGAAGAUAUGUUCGACCAACAAUUUGAUCAAAUGUACGACGCAAUCGUUCAUGGUGCAGCCAACAAGCAGAAGAAACGAGCUUAUAUCGAAAGAGAGCGGGAACAAGGACACAAUCAACUAUGGAACGACUAUUUCAGUGAGCAUCCUACAUACCCAUCAGAAAUAUUUAGGCGGCGUUUUCGAAUGACCAAACCAUUGUUCCUUUCCAUUGUCGAUCGCCUAAGUAAUGAAGUUCCAUACUUUCAGCAAAGACGAAAUGCUCACGGGAGGUACGGGCUAUCUGCACUUCAAAAGUGUACUGCAGCUAUACGUAUGCUCGCAUAUGGUCAAGCAGCAGAUACGUAUGACGAAUAUCUCCGGCUUGGUGAGAGUACUGCACUUUUAUGUUUGGAAAAAUUCAACGAGGGGAUAAUACAAUUGUUUGGAGAUGAGUAUCUACGAAAACCUACAGCAGAUGAUCUUCAACGAUUACUCGAUAUUGGAGAGGUUCGCGGAUUUCCAGGAAUGAUAGGAAGCAUCGACUGUAUGCAUUGGGAGUGGAAAAACUGCCCAAGGUCUUGGAGAGGACAGUACGCACGAGGUCACGGAAAGCCGACAAUUGUCUUAGAGGCUGUGGCAUCACAGGAUCUUUGGAUAUGGCACGCAUUUUUUGGUUUACCAGGUACCCUCAACGAUAUUAAUGUUCUCCAACGGUCACAAGUUUUUUCUGACAUUUUAGAUGGUCGAGCUCCUAAAGUUAAUUUCACGGUCAACGGCCACAAUUAUCGUAUGGCGUACUAUCUUACAGACGGAAUCUAUCCGAAAUGGUCAACAUUUAUCCAAUCCAUCUCACUACCUCAAAGUCGUAAAGCCGAGCUUUUUGCUGAACAUCAAGAAUCCGCUAGAAAAGAUGUCGAACGUGCUUUCGGAGUUUUGCAAUCGAGGUUUGCAAUAGUAAAAACCCGGCUCUACUAUGGGACAAGGAAAAGAUUAGAAAGAUUAUGA